CAAAAUCCUUCCACUAGAGGAAUAAGUGGAGUACAACCUGUGUUGUUAUGUGGCUGCUUCCAUAAAUUGAAUUUUGUGAAACUUUCAUUUCUCUUUAUCAUCUUUACAUUUCUUCUCUUUCAAUCAUUCAGAAAUACUUUCACUCACAAACCUCUCUGAAACCACAUCCUUUGAUUCCUUCGGUUUGCGCCUUACUUGCCUUGUCACAAACCUCUCCGAAACUAGUUCCCCUGAUUUCUUCAGUUCGCACCCUGGUUACCCUGUUGCUUUCUCUGUUUUACUUUCUUUAUUUCAGAAUCUUUUUGCCCUAUUUCUGGUUCUUUAAUUUGUUCUGUUUCAAUAUUUCUGAUUUCUUCAACCGAAAAAAAAAAAACCUUUUUGCUUUCAGUUAUUUCUCGAUUACUAGAAAGAAUUAUCAUUUCUCGUAUUUAUUGUUAAUUUCGGCAGUUUUAUUUUAAUUAUUUUCAUUUUCUUUACUUCUGUUUUUCAAACCUAAAAAAAGUUUAAAAAAUGGUUGAGGUUGCCGGGAGUGUUGGGGGUGUGCUGAGUCCUGUCCUUCAAGUUGCCCAGUGGUUGGCUGCUCCAAUUUGGCGUCCAUUUAAGUACUUGUACAACUACACUACCAAUUUCAAAAAUCUGGAAGCGGAAGUUGAUAAGUUGAAGAAUACGAGAGAAGAAGUUGAGCGUAAGAUUAUUGCUGCUAAAAGAAAUGUGGAAGUGAUAUACGAAAAUGUUGAGAAGUGGCAGGACAGUGCGCAGGAGAUGAUUGAUAAAGCAGAGCAGUUGAUUAAAGAGAAAGAACAGUUCAUUCGAGAGAAAGCAAACAACCCGCGUUGUUUCAAGGGAUUGUGCUCCAAUUUCAUCAUCCACUACAAACAAAGCAGGAAAGCUUUUAAAUUGAAGCGGGAUGACAUUGAUCCACUCCUCCAGCAAGAAUUGGGUACAAUUUCCUAUCGAACUAAGCCACCAGAGAUCUGGCUUAGACCUAGUGAAGAUUAUUUGGCUUUUGAAUCAAGAAACUCCACUGUAAAGAAUGUAUGGGAUGCUUUAAAUGAUGAGAAUGUCUUCAUGAUUGGUGUUUAUGGGAUGGGUGGUCUUGGGAAGACCACGCUUGUGGAGGAAAUUGGUAGGAAAGCUGAGAAGGACAAGCUCUUUGAGGACAUUGUUUUUGUUGAGGUUUCAAAAUCUCCUGAUGUAAAGAAGAUUCAGACAACAAUUGCAAACAAAUUGGGUCUGAAAUUCGAAAAUGAAAGUGAAAUGGCAAAUAAGCUAUAUUCAAGAAUGAAGGACAAGAAUAUUCUUUUAAUUCUAGAUAAUAUUUGGGAGCCUCUAGGACUUGAGAGGAUAGUAGGAAUUCCAUGUGGAGCUGAUCGUGGAAAAAAUAAACUUCUGUUCACAACAAGAAACGAAGAUGUGCUGAAGACGAUGGGUUCCACAAAUAAUUUUGGGAUGGGCUUUCUAAAUGAUGAUGAAGCUUGGGCCUUAUUCACCAAAAUGGCAGGUAAUGAUAUUCAAACACGUGAAUUGUGUUCUCUACUGAAAGAUAUAUGCAAGGAAUGCAACGGAUUACCUAUUAUCAUUUGUGCAAUAGCAAAAACAUUAAAAAACACGAGUUAUGAAUCUGAUUGGAGGGUUGUAUUGAAAGAACUAAAAGAACCUUCACCAAUAGAGUUCUCAAGAUUCCUAGAAGCGGAAUACAAGAAUAUCGCCUUAAGUUACAAGUAUUUAAAAGAUGAUGAACUUAAGGAAAUUUUUUUAAUUUCUAGUCUAAUGGAAAAUAAUGCUUCAAUUUCAGACUUGCUUAGACAUGUUCUCUGUCUGAAUAUACUUAAAGGAGCUAACUUGACAAUGGAAGACGCACGAGAUAGACUAGAUAAAUUGAUUCGUGAGCUCAAAGAUGCUUGUUUGUUACUCAAUGGGUUCAAAAGCGGACAAUUUGCUAUGCAUGAUGUUAUUCGUGAUGUUGCCAUAACAAUUGCGUAUGUGCAUCACCAUGUGUUUACAACAAGAAAUGACAUUGAACGGGAUUGGAAGGAUAGAGACAAACUCAAGAAAUGCACGAAGAUCUUCUUACCUAAUGGUAAUACUGUUAUUAGUCAACUUUGGCCUAAUGAUUUGGAUUGUCCAAAUCUUGAAUAUGUCUCUAUGAGCUGUACGUGGAACUCUUCUUUCAAAAUCCCGAACGAACUCUUCACAGUGAUGCCAAAGCUUAAAGUGUUGAAUUUGGUUGGUCUACAGCAAUCGUCAUUACCAUCAUCAAUUAAUUUUCUGACAAACCUUCAAACAUUGUGUUUAGAUGAUAGCAAUGUUAAAGAUGUUGCUAUUAUUGGAAAGCUUAAUAAGCUAAAGAUCCUUAGCUUGCAAUGUUCUUACAUUAAGGAGUUUCCUACGGACAUGGGUCAAUUAACUCAACUAAGGUUGUUAGAUUUGAGCUAUUGUGAAAAUUUGGAAGUUAUAGCUCCAAAUGUAAUAUCAAAAUUAUCCCAAUUGGAGGAACUUUAUUUACAUGGAUGCCAUAUUCAGCGGAAGAUUGAUGAAUUAUUUGAGGAAUUGAUGUUUUUGUCUAGUCUCAAUAGUUUAGAAUUGGAUAUUAAAGAUGAAAAGGUUUUACCUGAAGACUUCUUUUCUAGAAAGCUUAUAAGGUACAGGAUAUCAGUGGGAAAUUGGUUUUUCCACUUUCUAAAAUUUGUUGAACGUGAACAUUUGAGGAUAUUGCAAUUGAUAAUCAAUCCUACCAUCUACUUAGAAGAAUUAUGUGGAAUCAAGAAUGUGAAAGUGUUAUGGUUAGCUGAAUAUUUAGAUGAUCUUGAGCAUUCAAAAUUCAAAUUGCAGUCAAAUGAAAUCACACCACUUUUUAACAAAAAGGUUAUCUUUCCUGAUUUAAAGAUCUUGGUAUUGAUGAAUAUUAUUUCUAGAAAGAUUUGGGAUAGUCAACUUCCAUCUUCCUCCUUUGAAAAUUUGAAAGAAUUGACAUUGCGGAGAUGUACAAAGAUAAAAUUUGUGUUUCCUUAUGCCAUAACGAAGAACCUCCAGCAACUCCAAUAUCUUGAGAUAAAGGAUUGUAUUGAUUUAGAGGAAAUUGUUGCUAUAGAAGAAAUAACAGAAGCAGCUGCCAGUUUUGUCUUUCCUGAAGUAACCUCUUUGAAGCUUGAAAAUCUACCGGAACUUGCAACUUUUUAUCCUGGAAUACAUACUUUGGAAUGCCCAAAGUUGAAAAAGUUGGAGGUGAAAAAUUGUGACAAAUUUAAGAUGUUGAAUUCAGAACCAAAUUCUUUGUGCUUGGACUAUAAGGUUCACUUUCGUGAUUUAGAGGUCUUAAAAUUGGAGAAUAUUAGUUCAGAAAAGAUUUGGGAUAGCCAACUUUCAACUUCUUCUUAUCAAACUUUGACACACUUGACCUUAUUUGAAUGUGAUAAAAUAAAACAUGUGUUCCCCUUGUCAAUAGCCAAAAGUCUCCAACAACUCCAAUACCUUGAGUUAGUGAGGUGUAAGGUUUUAGAGAUAAUUGUUGCUCCAGAAGAAGGAACAGAAGCAGCUGUCAAUUUUUCCUUUCCACAGGUAACCAAAGUGAAGCUUCAAUAUCUACCAAAGUUUACAGAUUUCUAUCCAGGAAUACAUACUUUAGAAUGGCCAAAAUUGAGAGAGUUGGAGAUUGCACAUUCUAGUAAAUGUAAGAUGUUGACUUCAAAGCCAAUUUUCCUGUGCUUUGACCAAAAGAUCAACCAUGAUUUGCAGAUAUUGAAAUUACAGAAUGGUCAGGAAUACAUUCAUUGGAGUCAAUUUAAAGAACUUAAGUUCUAUUCUUAUGAGUCGACACAUAUUCCACUUUGGCCCCUUCAAAGAUUUGAAAAUCUUAUAUGUCUUUUUGUUGACCGUUGUAAGUUCUUUAACUUAACAACACCUUCAAUAGCUACAAGCUUAGUGCAGUUGAGAGAAUUGAAGAUAUCAAAUUGUGAAACGCUGGUGGAAAUAUUAGAGAUUGAGGAAGACGCAACAAUUGAAAUUGUUUUUGAGAAUUUGAGCAAGUUGUCAUUUGAUAGCAUAGAAAGUCUUGUAUGUUUCUGCUCAAGGAAUUACACUUUCAAUUUCCCAUCACUGGAAGAGUUAAAUAUAACAAAUUGUUAUAAUAUGAUGACCUUUUGUAAAGGAAUCUUGAGCACUCCAAAGUUACAAAAAAUCAAUUAUGAGAAAAUGGAAGUAGAGAAUGAGGGGAAUGAUCUUAAUAAAACCAUACAAGGAUUAUAUAAAAAGAAAAACCAGGACAUCUCUCUUGAUUUGAAUUUGAAGUACAAGGCAUUCAACCAUGAUAAUUCUCCGGAGAUUGGCUAUAACCAACAUCCGACUUCCUUCUAUCAAAAUUUGACACACUUGUUCUUGUGGAAAUGUGAAAACAUAAAAUAUGCAUUUCCAUCUUCCAUUGCCAAAAGCCUCCACCAACUCCAACAACUAAAGAUUCAAAAUUGCUGGGUUUUAAAGGAGAUUGUUGCAAAAGAAGGAGCAAAUGCAGUUGUCGAUUUUAUCUUUCCAAAUAUAACCUUAUUGAAGCUUGAAUAUCUACCAGAACUUACAGUCUUCUACCCUGGAAUAUAUUCUUUAGAAAUGCCAAAGUUGAAAGAGUUGGUGGUCAAUUGUUGUACCAAAUAUGCGAGUUUAAAAGAAAACAUUGUGGAGACUGAGUUUAAUAUUUUAGAUCCAAAAUCUAUCUUCCUGGACAAUAAGAUUAACUUCAAUUUGGAGGUAUUCAAAUUAUAUGAUCAUGGCACAAAAAUAUGUUGGCAAAGUCUAUCUAGAACUCUUACAAUCAAUAAUGAUAUCUCCACAAAUAUUCUACUUCGACUCUUUCAAAGAUUUGAAAAUGUGAGAGAGCUCCAACUAUCUUGCAGUCAACAUAAAGACAUUGAGAGUCUAUGCGAUCUUCCAAAUCUUGAAAUUCUAGAAGUAAAUUAUUGUUCCAGAUUGAUGACUCUAGUGCCAUUGUCAGGUUCUUUCCAGAAUCUUAAAGUUUUGAAGGUAAGUUUAUGCAACGGAUUGAUAAUGAAGUUAAUUACACUUUCAAUGGCUAAAAGCUUGACGCAGUUGAGAGAACUUAGCAUAUCAUAUUGUGAUAUGUUGACUGAAAUAGUAGAUAAUGAGGGAGAUGCAACAAGUACUGAAAUUGUGUUUAAUGGUUUGAACAAGUUGUCAUUUAAAGGUUUAAAAAAUCUCAAAUGUUUUUGCUUUGGGAAUUACUCCUUUAAUUUUCCAUCUUUGGAAGAGUUAAUUAUAGGAGAUUGCCCCAAUUUGGAGAUUUUUUGUCAAGGAAGCAUAUGCACACCAAAGUUAGACAGAUUCAUUUACAAGUAUGAAGUCGGAGAGUUUGUUGGAGCUAAGAAUGUGAGAGAGGUAGAGAUUGGGGAUAAUGACUUGAAUACAACUAUACAACAAGAAUACCAAGAAUACCAAGAAUACAAAAAACAGGUCAGCUCCUCUUGGAUAGAAUUGAUAUUAAGUGGAAGGAAUAUUAUGACAACUUUGCAAGGAGAGUUUCAAGAGAACCCUGACAAAGUAGAAACUCUACGAUUGAUUAAGGAUGACCAUGCAUAUAUCCGAAUUCAUAUUCUUGAGAAAUUUAUCAAUCUUGAAGAACUCAUAUUGAUAGUAAGUUCAUAUGAAGAGAUAUUUUCAUGUGAAGAAGGUGAGGAAUAUGUUGGAGCACUCUCAAAAUUAAAAGUUCUACAAUUGCAAGGACUUUUUAAUUUAAAGUGCAUUUGGAAACAAGACUUUCGGUUCAAAUCAGUUCUUCAAAAUCUUCAUUCUUUAAAUGUUAAACGUUGUCACAAUUUGAUGACUCUAUUACCGUCUUCAUCAUCUUUUAAAAAUCUAAUGACUUUGAAGGUAAAGGAUUGUAGUGGCAUGCAAAACUUAAUGACAUUCUCAACAGCCAAAAGUCUAGUGUGUUUAAAAACCUUGUCAAUUAAAAGAUGUGAAAUGAUGAUAGAAGUAUUAGCAAAUGAGGGAGAUAUAGAGAAAGAUGAAGUUGUUUUUGAGAGACUGAAGAAGUUGAGCUUGUUUAAUUUAGAAAGUCUCACAUGCUUCUAUUAUGGGAAUUACACAUUAAAAUUUCCAUUCUUAGAAUCAUUAGUUGUGGAUAAAUGCUCUAAGAUGAAGACUUUUUCAAGAGAAGGUGUAAACAUGCCAAGGUUACAGCGAGUGAACCGGGGAAAUUGUUUAGAUGACUUAAAUUAUGUCACAACACAAUUACAAAAUGAUUGUUCAAAGGUAUGGGAAAAAUUCGCAUGGUAGCAAAGUGCAAAAUAUAUGAGUUAGUAUCUCUAGUGGCUUUGUGUUUCAGUUCACACUCAAUUUUGAAAGAGCCGUAGAGACCUCCCAAGUUCUCUCCCUUCCGCUCUCUGUAACCUAAUCGAAAUCGUUGACGGUCGUCUACUUGCCAGAAAUCCAGAUGAGUUUGCCAAGUUUUACUGUAUCUGUUCAGCGCAUUCAGUGAAAUUGGUGCCAAAUGACUUCAAUACACUGUGAGUAGAUCAGAAGUUGAAAUUGAUGUCAUUUUUUUGGUCUGAUUUUAGUUGACAAGUGGAUAUAAUGUGAUUCAGGAACUUUCCUUGUGGAUCUAUAUAAUGAAGCUUUAGUUUUUAAAACAUGAUUUGUUGAAAUGUUGUUUGAAAAUGUCAUCUGCUACUGCUAGGCAGUAUUCAAUUUAGGUAAGGUCCAUCAAGGAUCGUAAAGUGCAAAUACAUAGAAUUGAAUGGCUCUUGAAUAUAUUUAUCUGGUUAUACAUCUGGUACACACUAUAUCAUACUUCAAUUUGAGCAAGAAUAAUUUGAUAGUGCAUUAAUAUGGAUAUAAGCUGUUUGUCUUUAGUAAUCUGCUUUUGAGAUUGAUAAUUAUACCAAUACUUAGAAAAUGUAGCUGGUGGUUUUAUUGGAGUUGAUAACGGUCAAAUUUUAAGCAUGUAUACAUUAGGUUUGGGUAGGCAGAAAUAAUGCCCAACUUGCAUGAUAAAGUUACAUGAUUGAAAUUCCAGAGCUGGUGAGACUAUCCAUUUGAUGAUUGGAAGGGCUUUGUUUUGAGGCUAACUGACUAAUAUAUUGAUGAAUAUGCUAACCUAUAAAAGUCGUGCUUCUGUUGGAUUUUAAGUCAGUUAUGAGCCAAGCAGAGGAGAGGCGUUCCAGCAAGGACUCAAAUAAAGCUAGAAAUAACAAUGCAUGUCAGAUGGUGAUCUUAUAUAUUCAUGUAUAAUGAACAGAACUGGUUUCUGACAUUGCCCAAUAUAGCCAAAAAACACCACAGAGAUUCUCAGUUCAUGACAUCACAAGUGCACAUUUCUAAUACCACAAUUUUAUAUAGAUGUAUAUUCUACUGCACAGACCAAAGGCUGGACGAAAUUACUCCCCCAAAAAAGAAUCAUCAGCUUUUACAAGCCAAGACAAUCUGCAUAUAGAGGAAAUGAAUACUGAGGAAACUUGUGAUUUUUCAGCCAGAUGUCUUGGUGUUGGAGACUGAGGAGUAAAAGAGAGGAGGCAGAAAUUGUUCUGGAUGCUGAUGUAGAUGCUUUUGAGAAAGUAUCUUUAACAUUUUCAUUCCUUACGAUGUUGGUCCUGUGAGUUUUAUAUCUGCACUGAAACAAUGGUGAGAGAUGACAUGAGAAGAGGCAUCUCUCGCUGUCUUAAAGGAGACGGACUACAGAUUGUUAUAGAUGCAACGAUCACAAUGAAGUAGACUCGGAUAUUAAUGUUCUCCAGGCAACUUACUACAUGGAUGCUCUGUUCUUUGCACUCAUGAAGCAACUAACUAUGUUUUGUACACGAGCUGGCAAUUACCUAUGUUUUGUAUACAAGCUGACAUUGACACUAAGCGCAGUUCAGAAGUUGAAACUGAUGUUGUUUUUGUCACAUUCUAGUCAGCAUUUGGACACUAUGCGAUUUGAGGAACUUGCGUUGAGGAACUAAAGCCUCCGUAUCAGGGCGGUUGAAGUGGGGUUUCUGGGUUUUAUCUCCUUCAAAUGGAGAGAUAAGUCUUUCAGUAAAUGAUUUCUUGCUCCUCAGUGGCAAAAGCUUCCUGAUCAUCUUGUGCAAUAUUUUCGGAAGAAAAGUUGGCCAAGAUUCAAGGAACUCAAGAUUCCAAUGAUGGUAAACUUGUGGAAGAAACGUCUACUAAUUCUCAUUUGAAAGGCGGGAUAGUCUUAUCUUUUGAACCCUUAUCAGCAGCAUUUGAGGAUAUGGACUAUUAUGUUGACAUCCCUGCGGAGAAGAAGAAACUCCCAACUGCUUUCUGAUAUAUCUGGUGUAUUAAGGCCUGGUGAAGCUGAAAAUCCACUCGUCUAGGUUUUGGCCAAACAAUGGUCUGUUGAUAACAAACUUUGGUUCUUGCUUUAAUCUCUUAUGAAUCAGUCAGUAUGGGUUUGUUUGAACUGCAAACUCUCAGCUCAUUCUCCUGGAAAACUGAACUGAGGUCUCCAAUCAUGCACGUGUACAAAAGGAAUAGCAAAGGAAUUAAACAUAGAAGAUCCCAGGCACAUUAUCAGGAGAAAACAACAAACAAUGAGGAGGCAAUUCAGAAGACAAAAGGGAGGCAAAAUCAGGGCAGAUAAUGGCAGCUGAAAUCAAGGCCAGACAACCAGACCACCAGACCAAGAUUGAGAGAACAUAGCCAAAACGGAUUAUAAAAAGAGAAGAUAAGAUAAAAACAGGCAAGCAAGAAUUCAACAAUUCUUUAAGGGGGCUGGCACCUCUGCUGCAAGUUUAUGUCUAGUUCUUAUUACUAUUUUCUGUAAGAGAAUAAACACUUGUAGUCUGAAGUUUCAUCAAUAAAAUUCUGUGCAUGUGUAUUUACACA